AUGGAAAAACUGUUUCCUGGGUCAAGUAGCAAGGGCAUUGAUUUAUUAAUCAGCCAGUCUGUUAAUGGAUCUCGGCAUUCAAGUGGCCGAAGAUGGGGCAAGGAGUUGCUCAUGACCUGUCUACAGAUCUACUGCCGCAGCCCAGCUGGAUACGCCACGCUUAGGGACUCAGGCCUCCUGAUACUGUCAUCACCAUCCACAUACAAAAAUAUCAUAAAACAGAAUGGUGGGGGCAUGAUGGUGAACAAGUGUGCAAAGCUUCAAAGCCAUCUACCAAUAUUUGAGGUGUUGCUUGCUCUAGAUGAAACUAGAAGAUACAGAUGUGAGCUGUUGAAAACAAAUACGACCAUCCUUAAGAGUGUCAUUGAGUCGGUGCCUUGUUUUGGAGAAGGAAAAUAUGUGCUUUAUGAGUUCAAGAAGAUGUUUGGGGGAAAAUUUGCAGACAUUGUAGAAAACACAGAAGUUUUGGUGCGGGCUACUCAAAGGCUAAUGGAUACGGUUUUGGGGCCAGAUGCAUUGAAUGCUGAUGAUGAUGGAAAGAAACGAAAUGAGAUCUGGUGUAUUGUCCUUGGAUUCCUGCAGCUAAUUGAAAGCGAGACGAAGUUUGACCGGGGGAAAAAAGGGCACAAAACGCCAUCAACCCACAAUUCAAGUGUGCGAGUGUGAAGCGAACACAGAAAUAGAUGUCUUGCAGAAAUCGAAAACCGGCACAGCCCCUACAUUAACGAUCCUAAAAGGAGAUGUCAACUGUGCUUACAUCACAAGAGACGAUGUAACCAUAAAAUGU